AUGGGUGGCACUUCCAGUCGAUCCACACAUUCCACCUUGGACCCCAUGAUUGCGACGACGACGACGAGCAGUAGCACUCGUAGUAGUAGUAGCAGUAGUACUCGUCGUCGACGCAAUCAUCAUCAUCACUCCGUCGUGAAUGGCAAUCAUGGUGGUGGUGGUGGUGGUGGUGGUUUCUUUUCCAGUACUUCCAGUGCUCUCUCACGUGAAGAACAUGAACAAUCGACCAUUCUCCGAAAUGGUAAACAAGUAGAGAGAGGUUACAUGUUGCAUUUGGGAGAACGUUACUUUAAUGAACGAUAUUUAAUUCGUAAGAAAAUUGGAGAAGGAAUGAAUUCGGAUGUGUAUGUGGCUCUUGAUCAAGAAUUGAAUGAAUAUGUGGCACUUAAAGUCAUUCCAGUUCAUUCUGGAAAACAAACUCGUGAACAAAUUCUCAAUGAAAUUGAGAUUAUGCGGAGAUUAAAACAUGAUCAUAUCGUACAAUUAAAGAAUGUCAUGACCCAUCAGGAAUUUAUUGGAACUAUGAGUGGUGGUGCUGUCUUGAGAAAUGACAAUGAUAGUUUACAAUACAAUCAUUCAGAAAAGUGUGAAUAUAUUGUCAUUGUGAGUGAAUAUUGUAAUAUGGGUAGUAUUGGAGAUUAUUUAGAAAAAGAUUUACAUUUAAAAUUACCCAUUUAUAUUCUAUUGAAAUGGAUGAUUGAAUUAAUUGAUGUAUUAUAUUAUUGUCAUGUAGAAAAACAAAUCAUUCAUCGAGAUAUCAAACCCUAUAACAUUUUAUUAAGCAAUGAUGCAUUAUCACCACACUAUGUCUAUUCUAAAUAUAUUAAAGAUGAAGAUGAUGAAGAGUAUGAAGAUGAUGAAGAUGAUGAGAAUGAAGAGUAUGACCAUCAUCAAGAGAAUGCACAACAUUCACCACAUGAAAAAAAAAGAUUUCAAUUUUCAAAAAAUAAGAACCAUUCUUCUACAACUAAUACUAUGAAUAAUACCAAUAAUAAGAAUUAUACCAAUAAUAAUACUUCCACAACUAAUAAUAAUUAUACCAAUAAUAAUAAUACUAAUACUACUCAUCAUGCAUCUAUUCGAUCCAAAAUGGAUCAAUCUUUUGAUUCCUAUGAAUAUAUUAAUGUUAAAUUAGGUGAUUUUGGUUUAUCAAAAGCAAUACAAUCAAAUAUUCAUCAAGUUUCAUUACAGAGUAUUUGUGGUACACCUCUCUAUUGUGCCAGUGAAAUUGUAUUUCAAAAAGGAUAUUCUUACAAUGUAGAUAUUUAUUCAUUGGGUGUUACUUUAUUUGAAUUAUUUAGUGGACAUUCUCAUCUCACAUUUCUAAAAAUAGUAUUACAAAAUUAUAGACCCAUCUCAACACUCUAUGAUUCAAUUAUAUUAAAUAGUAUUCGAAGAUUAAUAGGAAUGAUGAUUGAAAAGGAUAGUUCUAAACGAUUAACCUCUGAACAAUUAAUUGUACAUCCAAUCAUUCAUGCUUAUCGACAUGUUGUGAAUUAUGUCAAGAAUGAACAUGAUCGAGCUAUUCAUCGACAAUUUCACAACAGUGUUAAUGGUAAUAGUAAUAAUGGUAGUAAUAAUGGUAAUAAUAAUUCUAAUAAUUCUAAUAAUGGUAAUAGUAAUAAUGGUAGUAAUAAUAAUAAUUCUAAUAAUAAUAAUAAUAAUUCUAAUAAUAAUAAUAAUAAUAAUGGUAGUAGACCAUCGAUGAAUGAUCAUUCUCCACAACAACAACAACAAGAACAACAAUCCUCCUCUUCGUCUUCCUCCUAUCUCUCUCAAUACAUUCAAGUAUUUAUGGAAAUUAUUAUCUAUCUCAACAUUGAACAUGAUUCUGAUAUUCAAAUGAAAAAUUGUUCCAUUCAGAAAAUUCAAGAAUUAUUUCUAAAAGAAGAAUCAAAAUCAAUAAUUGUCAAUUAUAUACACAAUUCCUAUAAGAGAAUUAUGCAAAUGUUAUGUACGAUUGAUAAGGUGAAUCAACCAUGGAUUUGCAAUUUUAUUUCUCAUAUUCUAAUACCAUGUAUUACCAAUGAUCAAGAUGAAAGAUUUUUAUUUAUCAAAUCUUGUUUAUCACAAAUGAAUUAUUUGUACAGUAGAGGAAAUGCAGUUGUACUCAAAAGAUUAUUCAUGAAUGUGAGAGAAUUAUUGAGUGAUUCAGAUUGGAAAUUAAUUAUUUCUCAAAAUGGAUACAAACAUCCCAAGAAUGAUGAUGUGAUUUGCAUGGAUGAUGUGAAAUUUAGAGAUUAUUUGAAUGAAAUGUUAUUACAGUAA